AUGAGCGUUCUUUCUAAACACCCUCUAAAUUCAUUGAAAAUUAAUUCACGACUUAUUCAAACAUGUGAAGAUAAAUUACAAGUUAAAACAUAUUCACAUGUUCAAUACGCAGCUAUUCCUGAAAUAUUACAAGAAAAAGAUUGUCUUGUAAAAGCACAAACUGGAAGUGGUAAGACAUUAGCAUAUCUACUUCCUACAAUAACUAUGAUUUUAAAUAAACACCCGAAGUUAAAAAGAACUGAUGGAUUAUUUUGUUUAAUAUUAACACCAACAAGAGAACUAACUCAACAAGUAUAUGAUGUCUUAACUAUAUUAACAACAUCAAUUAUAGGAUUAGUACCAUCAAUUGUAGUUGGAGGUGAUAGUAAGAAAAGUGAAAAAGCAAGAAUAAGAAAAGGAGUAAAUAUUUUAGUAGGAACACCAGGAAGAUUAUUAGAUCAUAUCAAUUCAACAAACAACUUAAAAUUAGAUAAAGUAGAAUUUCUUAUUAUGGAUGAAGCAGAUAGAGUUCUUGAUGCAGGAUUUGAAAAGGAUGUGAUUGAGAUUAUAAAUCAUGUUAAUAAAAACAGAACAAGUAUUUUAGUAAGUGCUACUUUGACUGAAAGUGUAAAGAAGUUGUCUAAUCUCGCACUUAAAAAUCCUGUAUUUAUUGAUGGAGAUAAAAGAGAAAAUGCAAAAGAAAGAAAGAAAUUAAAAUUAAUAAAAGAAAACGGAAAUAGUCAAGAGAAAACAGAAAAAUUAAUUAAUGAAGAAAAAAUAGAAGAUAAAUUAAUUUUACCUUCAACUUUAAAACAAUACGCAAUGCUGAUAACUGAUAAAUAUCGAUUAGCUUAUUUAAUUGCAUGUUUAAGAACAUUCUUAAAAGAGUCUAUUCAAAGAAAAAUUAUUGUAUUUUUUUCAUGUAUUCAAUCAGUUAAUUAUCAUUACUCGUUAUUCUCUCAACUUCAAUUUAUGGAUAAAACUCCUAUUUUACCAGAAACCUCACUUUUUAGAUUACAUGGAGAUUUAACAACUGUAGAAAGACAUGACGGUAUGCAAAAAUUUAUUAAAAGUAAAAAAGCUGUAUUAUUUACAACUGAUGUUGCUGCUAGAGGAAUUGAUUUAAAAGAUAUUGAUUGGAUUAUUCAAUAUGAUCCACCAGGGGAAACAUCGGAAUAUAUUCAUCGAGUUGGAAGAACAGCACGAAUUGGAAGAAAUGGAAAUGCAUUAUUAAUGUUACUAGAAUCAGAAGGAGAGUAUGUUAAUUUAUUAAGAAAUGAAGGUGUUAUUAUUGAAGAAAUGAAACGAGAUGAGGUAGUAAAAUCUUUGAAUAUGGCAGGAGGAGAUAAAAAAGUAAUAAGCAGAUUACAUGAAAUGCAAUUACAAGUCGAAAAAUUACUUAUUGAUAAUGAAGAAUUAAAAGAAAUGGCAAUUAAGUCAUUCCAAGCUCACUUAAGAUCAUACACAACUCAUCGUGGAGAGUUAAGAAAAAUAUUCUCAAUUAAAAAAUUACAUAUUGGUCAUAUUUGUAAAAGUUUCGGUAUUAGAGACACUCCCACAUCUGUAAUGUCUGUCAUUAAAAAACAAGAUGGCUUUUUAACAAAACCAAAAGAAAAGAAAAAAGAACCAAAAGAAGGGAUGAGAAAAAUGUCUGAAUUUGAUGCUGGAAUCAUUACAAAAAAGAAAAAAAAGAAGUAA